GGGCGGCGCAGCAACAUCUCGGCUACAAGUCCUGCUGGCGUCUUCCAGAGCAAAGGUUACGAGAAAUUUCUCUCGUCUCGCUCGGCUCGGUGUCGCACUUGUUUGUUUUCAUACAAAACAGCGACUUCUGAGCAAGGGGAGAGCUGCGGUAGGACUAGCUGGGAGAAAGACAUGGCGCGCCUGGUAGCUGUGUGCAGAGACGGGGAGGAGGACUAUCUUUUCCUCGCAAGACAGAUUCCCUUGUAUAUCGAUGACACACUCACGAUGGUGAUGGAGUUUCCUGACAGUGUAUUGGACUUUGACAGUCAUCAGAUCAACAGCUCACAAAUGAAGCAGUUUAUUGAGCACCACAGCAUGCUGAAGCAGCAGGACCUGAACAUGGCGCUGAUGGUGAUGUCACGCGAGGUGUUCAGCGCGCUCUCACAGCUGGUGCCGUGUGUGGGCUGCAGGCGCAGUGUGGAGCGUCUCUUCUCUCAGCUCACAGACUCUGGUUAUUUCGCCCUGGAGCCAUUGACCGUGGGCUCAGCCGGCGUGUUGUCAGUCACCAGGGCCUGUCUGGCAGACCCCCGUAAACUCUACACGCUCUUCUAUGUCCAUGGGUCUAAGUUGAAUGACAUCAUUGACGCCAUUCCCAAAAGCAAAAAGAACAAACGCUGUCAGUUGCAUUCUUUAGACACACACAAGCCCAAGCCUUUAGGAGGGAGCUGGAUGGACAUUUGGGAGCUGAUGUCUCAAGAGUGCCGGGACGAGGUAGUCCUGAUUGACAGCGCCUGUCUGCUGGAAACUCUAGAGACAUACCUGAGAAAACACAGGUUCUGCACAGACUGUAAGAACAAGGUGCUGAGGGCCUACAACAUCCUGGUGGGAGAGCUGGACUGCAGUAAGGAAAAGGGCUACUGCGCGGCUCUUUACGAAGGCCUGCGCUGCUGCCCACACGAGCGCCACAUCCAUGUAUGCUGCGAGACCGACUUCAUUGCCCACCUCCUGGGCCGGGCAGAGCCAGAGUUCGCUGGAGGGUAUGAGCGCAGGGAAAGGCACGCUAAGACCAUAGACAUUGCACAGGAGGAGGUGCUGACGUGUCUGGGGAUCCACCUGUAUGAGCGACUUCACCGAAUCUGGCAGAAGCUGCGGGCCGAGGAGCAGACUUGGCAAAUACUCUUCUACCUUGGCAUUGAUGCACUCCGUAAAAGCUUUGAGAUGGCAGUGGAGAAAGUGCAGGGGAUCAGCCGGUUGGAGCAGCUCUGUGAAGAGUUGUCGGAGGAGGAGCGUGCAAAAGAGCUUAAGCAAGAGAAGAAAAGGCAGAAACGCAAGAACAGACGCAAAAACAAGUGUGGCUUUGACAUGUCUGAACAAGAGGCUGAAGGAGACAAAGAGAAGAGCUUGGACGAGGGUUCAACAGAGUCUGUGGAUGGCAGCUGUAAGUCAUGUGGCAGUGGUGAGGAGUCUGGAGGCAGUGUGGAGGUCAUGGUCCCCCUCGAGAACUCCUCCUGCAGCUGCCCUGCCACCUCCAUCCUGGGCUCACCUAAACCCAAGAAAGGUCUGUCAUCUCACAGUAACGGCAGUGACUGUGGAUACUCCUCCAGUAUUGAGGGCAGCGAGACAGGCUCCAGAGAAGGCUCAGAUGUGGCAUGCACUGAGGGCAUGUGUAACCAUGAUGAAACAGGUGAAUACUCAUGCAGUCAUCACUGCUCUGAGGACAAAGAGGAAGAUGGUGUGGACAGCUGUGUGGAGUGCUGGGCAAACUCUGAAGAACAUACCAAGGGCAAGAAUAAGAAGAAGAAAAGGAAGAACAAGGGGUCAAUGUGUGGGAGCGAACCUGGUUCAAAGUCAGAAAGCUGCAUGUCAGAAAGCAGUCGAAGAGGCUUGUCUGGCUUGGAAAGCGCCCAUGACCCCAGCACAUCAUCCACGCACAGCUGCCGGAGCCAAGAGACGUGUCCGAAGCUGUGCUGUGGAUCAUUCACUAGUAUCGCUUCGCAGUUACUGUGGGCCGAUCAGCAGCGGAAAGGCGGCGGGGGUCUAGUCCUGGGCCAGCCGCCUCCAGCAGACACAUCCACACAAGGAGACAGCACCACCAAGAGCCUCAUGGAACUGCUGGAUGAAGCAGAAGCAUCAUUAGAUGAAGAGAACUGCCUAACACCAGACGAGAUCCAGUCAUUCGUGGAGGAGAACAAGUCUUUCUACAGCACGCGAGACCAGUACAGGCAGCACCUGAAGGACCGCUUCACCAAAUACUGCCACUCCAGUGUGUGUAGAGGAGAGUGGCUGCCUACUACCAGUGUCAACUGAGCAACGCACUCUGAAAACACAAUUUUUACGGAUGGAAAAAACACUCAAGAUUACCACUGCUGUGCCGCUUUUUUUUUUUUCGAAGAUGGAGGGAAAAAAAAUUAAAUUGGUGCAAAAAAGUGAGUUCUGAAGCCGUGUCUCGUUCAGUUGAAGGUUUAUUUGUUGGGAAAAGGUAAAUGUUCACAUCACCUUCCACAUCUGUCAUUUCAGUCUCUGUCUUUCACGCUUUCUCUCUCUCGCGCGCUCCCUCUCUCUCUACCAUGCACACUUUUCACCCCCAUCCCUCACUCAUUCAUCCACCUUCCUUCGCUACACCUGGUGGCUUAUUUCUGUGAUUUCAGUUUCUGGACUUAUUGAUUUAAGGAAUGGGUUAUGAAGAGCAGUGGAAUUGAUAAUCAAGCUUUGCAAGCUGUGACUGUAGGGUUAGAUAUUGAUAGUCUUCUUGUCUUAUUGUUUCUAUAACAUUUUCUUUGUUUUCCCAGUUCGUUUCACUGACUGUGACGCUUUUAGUGGCAAAAAAAAUGUACCAAUAAAUGUGUACAGAAAUAAAAUUAUCUGAAUAUAAAGAUUUUACAGAAAGAUAAACAUCCAUUUAUAAGGAGGUUUGAGUGUAAUGUUGAGCGCAAUGUGCAAAAUUUACAUAAUAAAGAAUAUUUAUUAAUAUGCAUCA